AUGGGAACUUGUUUGAGCAGUGCUACCGGUGGUGGCAUUUUGAUCGAAGAUAACGACGGCAAUGAGAAAGAUUAUCACGAUCGCUUCCUUGAAGACAGAGUUCUUGGUCAAGGAGAGUUUGGUGUCGUUACCUUGGUUCAGGACAUGAGAGCCCCGGACGGUGAAAAUUCGCUGGCGUGCAAGGUCUUGAGGAAGGGAGUUGUAUUCAAGGAAGGCACGCUCUAUACACCACUGAAGCCCGAAAUAUUACAAGGCGAGAUUGGUAUGUUGAGAACCUUGGCUGGCAAACAUUACAUCAUGAAGCUUGUAGCAGUCUAUGAAACUUCCGCAAUGAUCCAUAUGGUCACAGAAUAUUGUGCUGGAGGUGAAAUGAUGGAAUAUGUGUCGAAACAAGAAGAGGAUCUCCGAACCGAUGAUGUUUCCAGAAUCGCAUUCCAAUUGCUUGACGGUAUUAAUCACUGCGCCAAACAUGAGAUCAUUCACCGUGAUCUGAAACCAGAGAACGUCAUGUUCGUUUCGCCAACGCCAGGAAGCGAUUUGAGAAUCAUCGAUUUUGGUUCGGGUACCCGAAAAGUAGUUGAGGGUGUUCACACAACUUUUGCUGGAUCUGCCUUUUACAUUUCUCCAGAAAUGUUCCAAAGAACGUACACUCAAAAGACUGAUAUAUGGAGCAUUGGAGUAACGCUCUAUGUGUUGGUUGCAGGAUACCCUGCUGAUGUUUUGCAGAAGGCUUUCAAUCACUUGCAACAGAAUGAGAGAGAUUUGAGAAAGCUACCUAAUUUUCCAGAGGACAUGCCUGAUUCGUUUGUUGAAAUGAUGGAUGAACUACUCGUUUAUCGACACAAAUCCCGAAAAACUGCGGACGAGCUUCUGAAACUCGAAUUUGUCCAAUUUCAUAAGGACGCUUUCUCGAUUGAUCAAAUUGCGUUGCAAGCGCAACAAGAAGGGCCAAAAGGAUCUUCGUCUUCAAAUCAGCGUAUGUCCAUGUCGAUUAAAGGAUCUGUCAAUCGCCACACUGUCAUGUUGGAUUAUCAAAAGUAUCAAAUGAGUUUAACGGCUCUGAUUGCGACACUAUUGGGCACGAAAGAAUUGGUCAGUUUUGUUGCAGACGUGGAAGAGAGAGCGAAGGCGAAUCAAGAAAAGCCAGCAGAAGGCAACAUAUCUCUCGGUAUGUCACUAGACGUUAUCUCGAUCAAUGUAUUGAAGGAAAUGCUGAAGGAGCAGAAACAUGAUCAAGUGAUACAAAUGAUUGAUAAGUUGCCGCACUCAGCUACAUUCGAAAAGUAUGCAUACGAUGUUUCAAAGUUGAGAGAAUUCACCAACAAGGAUGACGAUAAAGACGGUAUUACUAGAUCAGUUCGUUUGUCCAGUGGUAACAAGAAGCCAAAGAUGUCACUGCAAAAAUCUGGGUCAUUCCGUGGCUCCUUCCGAUUUUCCAAGAAAAAGGGCAACAGGAGUGGAUCUCUUCACCAGUCAGGAUCGUUACGCGGAAAACGCAACAGUACACUUACGUAA